AUGGUGACCACACUCCACGGCCUGAAAUCGAGCAGCAUCACCGCUCUAUCCACCAAGAGGCAGCAGGAAACCCAGCGGAAUAUGCAGCAAGUGGAGAACGAGCCACACUCCGGUCGGCCAUCAACAUGCCGAAAUGACCAGGUCAAUGCCGAAGUGAACUCUGUCCUGAUGCGGGACCGUCGUGUGACUAUCCGAGAAAUUUCGGAAAAGCUGGGCAUCAGCAGUUUUUCUGCACAUUCAAUUAUCAGUGAAGAUUUGGCCAUGAAGAGAGUUGCAGCGAAAUUCGUGCUGAAGCUGCUCGCGGUGGAGCAAAAGCAACUCCAUGUUGAAAUCUCACAGGACAUGCUGGAUUCCAUAAACAAUGACCCCGACGUCGUGAACACCAUAAUCAUUGGUGGCGAGUCUUUGGCGCACAGAGAGCCGCCCACCGCGCUAGACGCAGAAAUCACAAUUCACGAGGUCCGCGCCGUGUUGCAAGAUAUCCCCACAACCUCGGCACCGGGAGCGGACCACAUCCGGUGCACGUCAGCACCGGACGUGCUACUAGAAAUAAAAGAGGAGGUGCUCCGUCCGCCACGGGAAGCCCGAAGCCAGGCUUUGCUCACACUCAACCGCAAGUCUGUGUUUCAUAAUGUGGAGCACGACCCCGUCCUCAACAACUUCGCCGAAUCGCGCUGUGACAUCCGGGACGUCCACAAGGCCUGCCAUCGUGCCCGAGACUCCAUGUCACGACUUAACCGGACAGCUGCGCUUCUGAUGCACAAGUACAAUGCUCAUGGUGCCACGGAUGUGCGGAGGGGGGGUCUCCUGGGUCAUGCACAACUCUUGGCGCGGGUGCAGAAGAAUGAUGUCUCCUUCGUUAUUCACAACCUGCCUGUGCUGGCCAAAAUGGCUGCUGUGGCAAAGGCAUGUGGCUCCACCUUCCAGCUGCUGCAGGGCUUCUGUCCCGAGACAUCUGAUGGCCUGCUGAUCUGCCACCCGAGAGAACAGGCAGCAGCCUACUGCAAGGACAUCGAGAAGCAGGAAGGCUAUCAGGCCUCGGUCAAUGGCAUCGUGGAGAAAUGCUGUCGGACAGCACGCAUCAUAGACAAGCCCCGUGUCAUUGAGGUUCCCUCCAAGGACAAAGAGGGUGAACUUUGGUAGCAACAGUGACGUACGUGCCCCGUCUGUGACCCUCUCACGCACCUGGUUAUUUAUGCCCAGUUCCUUCCGAAUGUCGGCCUGCAGUGGGUGUGCUUCUGUACAGCACUGUGGCCUCACUUCCAUUGCUGGGCAAACCCAGCAUUGACCUGAGCACUGAUGUGACAACUUCUGGAGUGCAGUGCGGCAAAGAAUGGUGUGUAGGAGCUCGUUUCUUGCAGCUGAUCUAUUUUAGGAGACUUGAAGCAACUUGCGAUCUUGCUUUCUUCAGAUACUGUGUCUUUCAUUGCAAUGGAGCUGCGCAUUUCUAAGGUUUACAAUGUGCCAACUUGGGGGGGGAGGGGUCGAACUAGCAGCCAAAAUGAAUGCUUACGUGGGCAGUUCUAAAAUACUUUUCUCCUAAUUUUCAAACACACUGCCAAAUCGAUCUGUAGCAUUUUCCCAACAGCAUUUUCCGGCACGUUCCCGACCCUACCCUUUCUUCUCGUUGCGAAACUAAUCGUUUUUGUUCACUUGAAUAUCACAAGUUCUUUACACACUGAAUCGCAAAACUUUGCUUUGGUGCAUUCAAAUAGAAUUUGCUUGUUGCUGGAAUCAAAUGGAAAGUUUUAAUUGAAUUGUACGGUUUUAGAAAAAAAAAGAGCUGUUGAUUUCAAACAUUCUACAACGUAGUUUGCGUCAUUUAAUAUAA